CUGCAUUCCCGCCUCCCGCCUGCACCUGCGCACCCAGGGGACGCGGCGCUGUCGGGCGUCCACGGAGCGGAGGGCGGGAAGGGCGCGGAGCCACCGCCGGGGUGUCCUGGCAGAACAGUGCGUUCGGGGCGUCGUCUCGCUGGAAGUGGAGUCCACACUCUGCAGCGACUCCUCAGCUCUGAGACGGUUGCUCCUGCGUGACCGUGGCGCAGGCAGUGGGCAGUGUCACCUUUUACUAAGUUGUGGUGAACCGUCCGCCCAGGCUCUGCCGCGCGUGGACUCGGGGCCCUUCCUGCCCUGCUAGAAGUGCCACCCGCUGCCACACGCGGUGACUCUCUGGUGUCUCCAGGCAGCGUGUGGCGGGCUCUGGCCAGGAGACUCCCGGACCCGGGCAGCCGCCUCCGUCCUCUGUGCUGGACCCCAGCGCCCCCCAGCGCCGCUCCCGAGCCCUGGCGCGUCUGUGAGAGCAGCGACCAUGGACGAAUCUCUGGCAGCGUGUGGCGGGCUCUGGCCAGGAGACUCCUGGACCCCGGCAGCCGCCUCCGUCCUCUGUGCUGGACCCCAGCGCCCCCCAGCGCCGCUCCCGAGCCCUCGCGCGUCUGUGAGAGCAGCGACCAUGGACGAAUCUCUGGCUGCCGGCCCGGAGCUGAGAAAUGUUCCCUCAGAAGGGACUGUGUCAUUUGAAGACGUGGUUGUGAACUUCACCUGGGAGGAGUGGCAGUGCCUGAGUGAAGCUCAGAGGACCCUGUACUGGGAUGUGAUGCUGGAGACCCGCAGUCACCUGGUGUCCCUAGGGCAUUGCGUUAACGAUCCUGAGGAGAGGAUGAGGUCGGAGCAGGGAGUACAGCCGUGGACUGUGGACUAUCCCCCAAACCAGGACCUCUCAGGCAGCGUGUGGCGGGCUCUGGCCAGGAGACUCCCGGACCCGGGCAGCCGCCUCCGUCCUCUGUGCUGGACCCCAGCGCCCCCCAGCGCCGCUCCCGAGCCCUGGCGCGUCUGUGAGAGCAGCGACCAUGGACGAAUCUCUGCACGGGGUACAGUCAGAAGCACGGGAGGGUGAGAGAGUUCACCAGAACCAGAGCGGAGAACAGAUAAGCAGACUGAGAAAGUACAAUGCUGAGGGGAGCAGCGGGCGGCAUGAGAUGUCUGCGCACCAUGUGGGACCCUUGCUGGCGGCUGGAGAUCUAACUGGCGCUGCAGAGUCUGCGGGCAACUUCUCGACCCAGCAGUCAACCGCUGCGCCACUGCGGAUGCUGUAUUCUCAGCCAUUUUAUACCCCAUUUCCAACCUACUGCAUCACUGUACAUUUUUUGACCUUUUCUUAUAUGCUUUAAUUGCUCUCUCCUUUCUUGUUGGUGAUUUCCCUCCAUUUUCACACGUUUUGCUGGUAAUUGAGGUAUACUGGUUUGUAAUAUUAUUUACAAACAUUGUAAAGCAUUGUCAUCCAACCUUUAUACACAUCACAUCAGUCUCUGUUUUUAUUUCUUUUCCAUGAAUUUUACGGUGUCUUUUUCUCCUGGGGAUUCCAUAGCGUGUUGAAAAGUUAUGAGAGUCUUUUCUUAAGUGAAAACCAUGUAAAUUCAGCUGCAUACCAAAACUCCACUCUUUAACAUUUCUACCCCUACUGACAUCACAAAUUAUAUCUCAUGAUAUUUGUAUUCUCUAACAUGAAUCUGUGAUCUCAGUGUGGCGCAGAGACCCUGUGCCGGCGAGCAUCUGGCCGUUCUGCUCGCUUCCCUCCUGCAGUCCUCUGUUCCCCCUCGAAACUCAGCUUGUUUAAGUGUUUCCCUUAUUUGCGCUCCGGAGCCAAGGCUGCUUACUGUUGAGCGUCUUGGGGAGUGAAAUAUUUCUUGCCUAUAACGAACCUUUAUCGAGUCCUUGGUUCUCGUGGGCCGGGUGCUCCCCGCCCUGCACGCCUGGAGGGACAUGUUGGCCAGGGUGCGGUGAGAUCCAUCCCCUCUCUCCUUCCCGGGACAAGAAUGAAAUGGUGCCAUCCUCCUGCAGAGAGCUGGCAUUUAGAAUGUGCAGACUGCUUGAUACGGUCUUUUUCAGGGGGGGAGUGACCUAAGGAGAUGCUUUCCAAUGCAGAUGAAAUCUUAGAGUGUGACAGUACUCACCAGCCGUGUCUUGCAGUGAGAAAUCGUUAAAGACGAUGUGUAAGUGCCAACCGCGAGGACGGUUGGACAGAAGACAGUGGACCGUGUCCUGGACAGCGCUGGGGCAGCUGCAGGUGGACAGUGGAGCGGGUUGAGGAGGAUGCAGGGCCCAGCAGGGGUCUUGGUCCCUUUGGGGGCAGAGAAGAGGCCACCCUGCCGGGUGCCCAGAGGCACUUCAUUUUAGGUUUCUCUACCUAGCCAUGGUAUUUGGGGGGUUUCACCCACGAGGCCUCUGAGCUCCAUGUCUAAAACAAGAAUUCUCAUUUGAGGCUGGUGUAUAUAGAAAGAAAAUAGACUUUUAGAGAAGCAUGAAAUAUAUUUUAGUAAGUUUAUUCCAGUUUUAUCUACUGCAACGCGUGUAGUAGGUAGAUGAAGAAAUGGAAGGAAUAAAACCCCAGAUAGUUGACUUUUUAAUACAAAACUCGCUGCGAGUGCGCUUGGGAUAAACGUUAGUGCUCCGUUGGGCCUAGUUUCCGUCUAACUUUAAUAAUUAAGGGAAAAUUCCUUUCUCUCUAAGAUUGCUGAUUGUUGUUUGCAGUUGGAAGGAGUUACCAACAUUUUAUCAGAGGCAUGGCCAAAGAUGGUUAUAGCUAGCUCAGCCAGUCACAAAACUGCUGUCGAUUUAUUCUCGAAUGCGUCCUCUGACAGCUUCCGUACCAAGUAGCCCCAAGUAAAGAGGAAUGAACUAGCAGGAGUCGACUAUGGUGCCUUCUGGCUUAUGAAGAGUUUUCUUCUACUUGGAGCUUGGCUCACCUCUGACAUUCAACUGUUAUCUUUAACUGUCAAGUAAAAGACUUUCCUCCAGUUAGCCCUUGCCUUAAAUGGCCACAUCUCCACACUAAAGGACUUGGCCUAGGGAUGUUUACAGCCUUUUGUUCCCAGAAGUUUUUUCACUUGUUCAUGUAAGGCCAAAUGUUGAAUUGCUGCCUUUGGCAGAGAACUACUAGUUUUAUAAGAAAUGUAAUAUUUGUAUCACGCACUGCCAUUUGCCAUCAAACUGGUUAUUCAGUGAUUGAUCAGUAUUUGCAGUUUUGCUUUUAAAAGCGUAUUUUAGCAGUGGUAGAAACUAGCCAUAAACAAAUGAGGAGACUCUGGCAGGAAUCCCCCCACUCACCUACCAAAUAUGAUGCACAGAAUGCUUAAGGAUUUGACUUAUUAUUCUGACAUUAGUAAUAAAGUUAUAUUAAAAAUAAUGUACUAGAAGUCUUCAGCUGCAUAUAAUUUUACUUAUUAGAUUUGCUUGAUAUUUCACUUGUCAAAUUUCACAACGUCUAAUGUUUCCUCUGUAUAUAAAAAUACUUUAUUGCAGAUGAGUCUAAUCACUAUGUAAAUUAGGUAAUUAUUUGGUGAAUAUUAACAUUCUUCCCCAUACAAAAUAAUACAUAUAUUUUGAAAUUCCUUGCUUUUGGGAGAAUAUAGCAAUUAAAAUAGCUGUUGAACCAUUAUUUGCAUGCAAAUGAGGCAAGAGAAGUAGCAUAUCAGAAUAUGCAAAAGUAUAUUUAAUUUUCAAUUUCAAAUGUAUUUCUUAUUAUUUAGACUACAUCAUUUUCUUUUUUUUAAAUAAAUUUUAUUUUUAUAUUCCCCAUACAAUUGCAAUACCCUUAUUUUGACCCCAGUCCCUCCCCUCCCUGCCCCCUACCCCCCAUAGAGUGUCUCUGGCUCAUAGUUGUUUGUUGAUUUUGAUUUUCACUUUCUUAUAGUUAUUCUUUUUCCUGGUUCCUUAUUUAAAUUUUCUAGAUUCCUGCUAUGAGUGAGACCAUCCGGUAUUUUUUUUUUUUUUUCUGGCUUAUUUCGCUGAGCAUGAUCCCUUCCAGUGCCAUCCAUGUUGCUGCAAAUAGCAUGUGUUUAUCUUUUUUGAAUGCUGAGUGAUAUUCCAUGGUGUAUAUGUACCACAUCUUCUUGAUCCAGUCAUCUA